UGUUUGAAAUAGUCAUAUUAUUAUGAAAAACAAAAAAAAAAACAGGAAAAUUAGGUUUGCAGAAAACGUUACAAUAAAGUCAAAAUAUUAUGAGAAUAAAGUCAUAAGUACAAAAACAAAAUUUACAAGAAAAAUUUGGAAAGAGUUGGAUCAUAAAAAACAAGAGCAGAAAUAAAUAAUGAAAUUUUAAGAGAAUAAAGUCAAAAUAUUAAGAGGAAAAAGUUAAAAUAUAAAGAAACAAAGUCAACAAAGUUUACAAGAAUAAUGCCAAAAUAUUGUGACAAAAAAUGUCAUUUUAGUAGCAUCAUGUUGAAAUAUGAAGUAAAAAGAUGUUAUUUGUUUUUAAGUUGUCAUAUUACAAAAGAAAAACAUUUUUGGGGGAAAAUUUGGUUGGGGGAAAAGUUUAGUAAUAUAGGAAUAAAUGUGUGAACAAAGUCAAAAUAUUACAAAAAGAAGGGAAGAAAGUAUUUGGAAAAACAUUUUUAAGAUGAAAAAAACAGCAAAAAUUUGGGAAAAAGGAGCGACAGAACGACAGAAACUGUUUCACUUACUGUGUAUAACAGAGCAGAGAUGCAUUUUUUCUUGAAACAAACAGUAUACAACUUCUUAGCAUAUCUGUAACAAAAUAUCUGAGUGGCUAAGUUACAUCCUUUCAUUUUUCACAAGGUGGUCCUCACUAGAAAAAGUUUGGACACCCCGGAUUUGGCGAAGAAGUAGUGAUUAUCGUCUUUCCCAGUGUCCUUGAAGACGCGCCUUUCACAAAUCCCAGCGUCUCGCGAGCCCCCUGAAGGCACCGCAAAAGUGAAGUUGAGAGUGGCGAAGUUGAGUUUGUUGUGUUUCUGUUCUUGCUUUCUUCCUACUCCUUCGACGCGAGCGCGGGAGGUUGCUUGGGGUUCGACGAGGCCGCGAGUGAGGCAAGAACGAUGACGCCUCCGUGGUAAUUUCCGCUAUUUCGCAGGUCUAGCGGUGAACUUGUGGUGGUUGACAUGGAGCUCGUCACUCGGCGGCUCGGCUAGCUAGCUCACCCAUCGACCCCCACUUUACAACAGUAGCCUGAGAGGGGAGAGGAAAAAAGCGUUUUAAAAUGUCCAAAACUUCAAAGGAGGAACUUUUCCACGGUCAAAGUUGGUGGAAAGUGUCUGCCCUCGCUGCACUGCUGCUGGGUGUGCUAGCCUCGACGUGCUGGGCGGAGGAAGCGUCCUGUCAUGGAGCCUACGAUCUGUAUUUCGUCCUGGACAAGUCGGGAAGUGUCGCCAACGACUGGUUUGAGAUCUACUCUUUCGUCAGGAACCUCACCGACAGAUUUGUCAGUCCCAGUAUGAGAGUGUCCUUCAUCGUUUUCUCGGCCCAAGCUCGCGUCGUCCUCCCGCUGACAGGAGACAGGUACGAGAUCGAAGAAGGCCUGGAGAAGCUGCGAGGCGUCACGCCGGCCGGCGAGACGUACAUGCAUGAGGGCAUCAAAGAGGCGGCAGACCAGAUCCAGAAGCAGACAACCAAGUCCUCCAGCAUCAUCCUGGCGCUGACGGACGGGAAGCUGGAAGUGUUUGUUCACGAGCUCACUGUAGAGCAGGCGAACGAAGCGAGGAGGUACGGCGCUCGCGUCUACUGCGUGGGCAUCAAGGACUUUGACGAGCAGCAGCUCGCCGACAUCGCCGACACCAAGGACCAAGUGUUCCCCGUCAAAGAUGGCUUCCACGCGCUCAAAGGCAUCGUCAACUCGAUAUUGAAGAGAUCGUGCACGGAGAUCCUGAGCGUGGAGCCCUCCAGCGUCUGUGUCAACGAGUCCUUCAACAUUGUGCUGCGAGGGAAUGGAUUCGCUCUCGGCCGCAGCAGUGAAAGCGUGGUGUGCAGCUUCAUCUUGGACGAGCAAACCUUCAAUCACAAGCCGAGCACCGUUCGCAAUGAUUACCUGCUCUGUCCCGCGCCCAAGCUCUACCAAGUGGGACAGACCAUGGGCGUUCUCAUCAGCUUGAACAACGGCAAGUCGUUCAUCACCAGCGCCUACACCAUCACGGCGUCCACGUGUUCGGACGGCCUGGCGGUGGGCAUCGUCUUCCUGGUGCUGCUGGCGCUGGUGGCUCUGGCCCUCAUGUGGUGGUUCUGGCCCCUCUGCUGCACUGUGGUCAUCAAAGACCCGCCGCCACCGCCUCCCCCUUCACGACCCCCGCCACCCGAGCCCGAGCCACUGGCCAAGAAGAAAUGGCCGACGGUUGACGCCUCCUAUUAUGGAGGAAGAGGAGCUGGAGGCAUCAAGCGUAUGGAGGUGCGGUGGGGCGAGAAAGGCUCCACAGAAGAAGGGGCCCGCCUGGAGAAAGCCAAGAACGCCGUGGUCUCCAUGCCCGAGGACGUAGAGGAGCCCAUGGUGAAGCGGCCCACCUCGAAGCCAGCCCGCACCUACCACCGGGCUGAGAACAAGUGGUACACGCCCAUCAAGGGUCGUCUGGACGCUUUGUGGGCUUUGCUACGACGGCAGUAUGACCGAGUGUCCCUCAUGCGACCCACCUCUGCUGACCAGGGGGACGUGUGGGCCGAGUGCUGGUGGAGGUUACCGCUGUUAGCUGCCGGACCUCCACACUCUACGCUACAAUAUCUGAUUUCUCUUACAGUGUGGUGUCCUUUUUUUUUUCUUUUUCUUUUGUCUUUAUAGAAACUUUUAUUGAGCAGGUUUGCCACAGGAUUACAAUCUGUUUGUUAGGAAUGUCCCGAUCCGAACUUCAGGAUCGGGAUCGGCUGCCGAUCCACUGUAUUUUGAAGAUCGGAUAAAAUUGGCUUCCGCCGUGAGAUCGGGCCGAUCCGGUUGCCUUAUCACGUUCGGAACUCUGGGCCACACUGGAACAUGGCAGCUGCGGUAAUGCGCCUCAAAGAUGGUUGCCACUCGACUCCCGCCACCCACAAGAAGAAGAAAACACCACCAUGCAGACAUGCAACACCUUUAUUCUCACACGAUUAUACCCAUAGCUACAAUUUUUUUUAUAUUUGCCUAAUUUAUACAUCUGCCUAAUUUUCCAAAAAUUACAACUUUGUUGUUUUCUCUCUCAUAAUAUUGCAAAUAAAAAAACAAACAAAUGAUGUAAUAUUUCAACUCUGUCCGACUAAAAUUACAUGAUUUUUCGUCAUAAUAACUAUUAUGAUGUCAUUUUCAUAAAAUGAUUACUUUUUCUUUCUCUUUUUCUCUUAAUAUUUUGACUUUAUUCUUGUAAAAUUACUGCAGAUUUUUCCAUUUUGCUGCUGGUUUUUCUAUUUUAACUAGAGUUUUUGUCAGUUUUGACGUUAGCUGGAAAAUGGUUAGAGAUAAAAGCACACUCUAAAUUAGAAAAAUCGUCAGUAUGACCCAAAGUGUGUCAUGGAAGUAAAUUUACUUCGGGUUAGGGUUAGGGUUAGGGUCAUAUUUAUCUAUCUUCUCAGAUCAUAUCGGUGUAUUUUUUUACCGAGCAGUCUCCCGCGGAUCGUACCGCGUAUGCAGCUAUUUCUGCGUUGUUUUGUUGUUUUUUUUUUACAUUCCCACUACCCCCUCACCAUUAGCGGUGUUUUGACAACCCACCACGUCCCCUCCUGCCACCCCGAUCACGGUUUAACAAAGCGCUAGCCCGGGUAUGCUGCAUAUGGACUGUCGUGGCGAGCCGACUCGCUGCCUCACGCACAAGGGGCUUCAGGGUCUGUAAACUUAGAAACUUUGCAUAGAAAUGCCCACAAAUGUUGCUCAGAUUGAAGUUACAAAUGUCCGCCAUCUCCUGCUGUAAAGUAGUAACAUGAGUCACCAUAUUUUCAGAAAUGGCUUGUUAAAUUCAGCAAUGAUGCUGAAUUUGCAACAAAAACAACACCCUUGAUGUAGACGAUCUAUAUCUAAGAUUUGAUUGAGUUAUGGAAACAAAUACAAUCAAAAGUGUCAAACACGCUGAAAAACCCUCUUUACCAGUCAAAAAUUGGAUCUAGAAAGUCACUCAGAGGACUGCAGAGCUUCCCCAAGUCUGAAAAAUCCUAAACAUGUGGAAAUAUCAGACGUUUCUGGGAGAUGUUCAUUCUACUCCAGUCCUGUAGGUGGCAGAAAUUGCAUUGUAAAGCAUCAUCUUCAGAUGUAGUGGGUCUCUGCUCCAAUUGGCCCCAAUGCAAGCAGACUGUAACAGGCGUGUAAAAAGUGGCGAGGCACAUUUAUCCUGGUUGGUAGUGUCCAGUCCUGCUAUGAACAUUGAAUUGAUGGGAGGUGUUUGUCCACCGAAGAGAAGCUGAGUUUUCUGUGCAAGGCAGAUGGUUGUUGACUGAUAAACAGGCCAACGUUAAAGGGAGCUGUAUGUUAGCGGGCAUGUUUACAUUGAAACUAAGACCAUAAUCCGCCGCACGGCAGCCUGAGAUCCUCACUCCUCGUGCAAGACUUCUGUUCUCUCCCAGAAAAUAUGUCCCAUCUUCCAUCCGCAGACAAGCUGUUGCCGUAGUUUUGUCAUCUGUUCAGGACGCUCGGCGACAGAGGAGGGAAAUAAAUCAUACGCUGGUGCCGAAGUAGAGAUGAGGAACGUACGUAGAUGGUGCCGUUAUGCCGGAAGGAGCGCCGCCUCUCACCUAGCAGGGAUUCGUUUUCAUCUGAAACUAUUGCAUGAGUGGAACUUCUAUGGUGGAAUUUUAUGUUUUAUUUAUGUCAGGGCGCAUUUUGGACUCCUGUUUCGGGUUGGGUAUUGCUUUGAUAUUAUCUGAUACCAGUGCCAAAUCUGGAUUUUUGAAACGGUGCCGCUACUUGGGGAGAAAAAAAGGGAAAGCAUACACAGAAUCGUCGUUUUAAUACUUCAAUAAUAUCAAUAAAAUGACAAAUAUGACAUUUUGAACUCAUUCAAUCCCAGGCAUUUUUCAAAAGGAAACCCCUUCAGUACCGGUCAUUUUAGGCGAUUUCGACUGAUCUUUCAAGGCACACAGACUAUUGUAUUCUCUGGCUAUAUAAACAUGGAACCUACCAAAAGAACAUUUAGACUGUCGUCUUUCAUCAGGAAAAAAAAGUUAUUUUCUACCUUUAUCCGUUCUUUUGUAAUCAGCACUAGAACAUAGGUAAGUUUCAGGAAAAUAUCAGGGUUGUUCUACAUUAAAAGAACAAUUUAUUUACAAAUGUAACACCUUGAACUAUUUACAAUUUUUACAUUUGGAACUAAACUGUGUGCGCGUGUGCAUGCAUUAAAAUUUCCCUACAAUGCGUAACCUUCCGCACGCUACAACCCUACACGCUCUUCCACUUCCUCCUUGCUGUCGAGUGUGUUUUUAUAUGCAAAAGAUCCAUGCCGAGCUCUCAUCAAAAGCACUUCUGCUACCUUGUGGCCGUUUUUAUCUCUUAAAACUGCUCUAACAAUGACAUCUUUUAGUGUGCACUUGUGCCUUCACCUCUUUUUGCCUCUCGCACAAAAAAACGUAAAAAUGCGUCUUUGGGAUCGAGUGUUCGGGUUUAUAAAAAUGAAUAAAUGCGUCUUUGGUAUUGAAUGAGUUAGGGGUGGAGUCUGUUUAUGUCCCUGGUGGGCGUGUCCCCAGGGUCGGUCGCAAUAGGGUGGUUGUGGUUGUUCCCUGGUGUGGCUGGUGAACGACUGUCCUGCGUAUCAGUAACAGAAGUUAAGCUCCAAACUGAGUAACGUAACAAUGACCGAGGUCAAAUGCUUCCUGUGGGUCUUCACCAGGUUUGCACACACUCCAUCUGCUAUUCUGGCUCAUUCUUCUCCAGAGCUCUGAAGUUUUGGGGCUUUCGCUGGACAACACGAACUUUCAACACCCUCCACAGAUUUUCUAUUGGGUCGAGGUCUGGAGACUCGCUAGGCCACUCCAGGACCUUGAAAUGGUUCUUAUGGAGCCACUCCUUCGUUGCCCUCAUGGCGGUGUGUUUGGAAUCAUUGUCAUGCUGAAAGACCCAGCCAUGUUUCAUCUUCAGUGCUGUCACUGUUGGAAGGAGGUUAUUACCCAAAAUCUCACGAUACAUGGCCCCAUUCAUCCUUUCCUUACUAUGGAUCAAUCGUCCUGUCCCCUUUGCAGAAAGGCAGCCCCAAAGCAUAAUGUUUCCAUCCCCAUGCUUCAUAGAUGGUGUGGUGUUCUUGGGAUGCAAGUCAGCAUUCUUCGAACCUCCAAACACAGCGAGUGGAGUUUAUACCAAAAGGUUCAGUUUUGGACCACACGUAUGUUCUCUCAGUCGCCCUCUGGAUCAUCAACUUCAGACGGGCCUUGACAUGUGCUGUCUUAAGCAAAGGGACCUUUUGGACGCUGCGGGAUUUUAAUCCAUUAUAAUGUAGUGUGUUACUGUUUUGUCACUGUGGGUCCAGCCCGCUUCAGGUCAAUGACCAGUUGCCCUCGUGUAGGUCUGGGCUGAUUCCUCACCGUUCUCAAGAUCAUUUGUACCCCACAAGGUGAGAUCCUACAUUGGAGCCCCAGGUCGAGGGAGAUUGUCAGCGAUCUUGUAUUUCUUCCUUUUUCCAAGAAUUGCUCCAACAGUUGAUCUCUUCUCACCAAGCUGCUUGAUUUGUAGAUUUGCUCAUCCCAGCCCUGUCCCUGGUGUCCUGAGACAGCUCUCUGGUCUCGGCCUUGGUGGAGGUUGGAGUCUGACUGUUUGAAGGUGUAUGUGUGUGUGUGUGUAUAGGGGUCUUUUAUAAAGAUAACGGUCAAUACAGGUAACCAUAAAUACAGGUAACGAGAGGAGGGUAGCAAAGCUUCUUAGAGAAGAAGCAACAGGUCUGUGAAAGCCACAAUUCUUGCUUAUUUGUAGGGAGCCAAAUACUGUUUUACUCAAGAAUUUACAAAUAAUCUUUUAAAACAAUCAUACAAUGUGAUUGCCUGGAUUUUUUUCCCACAUUCUCACUUCACAGUUGGAGUGUACCUAUGAUGAAAAUUACAGACCUCAUCUUUUAAAGCGGGAAAACCUGCACAUCAGUGGCUGCCAAUCUUUUUUGCCCCACUGUCGGUGAAAAAGCAUAUUAUUAAUAUGAACUUCACUAAACACACACACACACACAUUUUUGCAUUUUUUUUAAUUUUCCGAUUAUUUCAACUUCCUUCUUAAAUAAUCUGUUUGCAUUUUCUUCCAUGACUUUAGCCCCAUAAUAUUAGAACUGUUUCCCUAACCAAAUUUCUCAAAAAUUACAAUUUUAGGUUGUUCUUCAUAUUACAACUUUUAGAAUUUUUAAAUGAAUAUAACUGAUUUUUAGUAUUUUUUUUUUGUUAGUUUUUAGUUUUUUUAUUAUUUCAACUUUAUGCUACUAAAAUGACAUUAUUUUUCAUCAU